CAAGGGUUCAUGGGUAGCGUAUUUACAAAGAAGCUUCCUCCGCCAGCCCGUGCCACCGCUGCUAAUGAGAGCGGUCAUUAAGUAAAUGAGACAUCGCCUUUAGCUGGCUUAGGAGUUCGCACACUGAGGGGAGAAGAUAUUUAAUUGAAACGCGCACGCAGGCUUCCCCACACGUGACCGCAGUGAGGGAGGCAGCUGCUUUCCCCUCCCCCGUCCUCCCUGCACCCCCCAUGUAAAUUUCAUGAUUGCUUUCCGUGAUGUCAUUUUGAAAGAGGACAGACAAUAGCUGUAAGGAAAGAAAAUGAGUUCCGGGGUAAGCUGCUGAUCCAGAGGUGGACACAGGGAUAUAAAGACAACAGUUACAGGACUACAAGACGUCUUCUGUUCAGACACAACAAGAUGAGCUUAGAAAAUGAUGACAAACGAGCUCGCACACGGUCUAAGGCCCUCCGAGGACUCUCAGAGACCACAGGUACAGACCUCAGCUGUCCCACUCCAGGAUGCACAGGCUCAGGACAUGUCCGGGGCAAGUACUCCAGGCAUCGAAGUUUACAGAGCUGCCCUCUGGCCAAGAAGAGGAAGAUGGAGGGUGCUGAGGCCGAACACCUGGUGUCCAAGAGGAAGUCGCACCCCCUGAGACUAGCUUUGGAUGAGGGCUACCGCAUGGACAGCGAUGGCAGUGAGGACGCUGAGGUGAAGGACGCCUCUGUUUCAGAUGAAUCAGAAGGACCUCUGGAGGAGGCUGAGGCUGAGAUGUCAGGACAGGAGGAGAUUCAUCGCCCUGAGCCAGCUGAAGGAAAGAGCCCCAUCAAGCCUCAUUUUGGAUCUAACCCUACCAGCAGUACCUCUGGCUCUUCCAAGGGUGGGUACAGCAGCUACCAGGGAAUCAUUGCAACUUCCCUUCUAAACCUCGGUCAAAUUGCUGAAGAGACCCUGGUUGGGGAAGACUCACUUUCAGUGGAAAAACCUGUUCCAACCAUUGUGCACAGGCUACAGGAGGAAACUACAGUGGGGGCCACCAGUGAUGAGGGUGAAAAGGACCUCUUUAUCCAGCCAGAGGAUGUAGAAGAGGUCAUUGAAGUCACUAGUGAGCAUUCACAGGAGCUAUGUCCCCAGUCCCUGGACCAUGUGGUGGUCAGUGAGGAGUCAAGUGAACAGAAAGGUAUCCUGGGUCAUGAAGAGGAGGAAGAGGAUGAUAAUGAUGAGGAGGAGGAAGAAGAGGAGGAAGAAGAAGAAGAGGUGGAGGAGGAAGAGGAAGAAGAAGAGGAGGAAGAGGAUGAGGAAGAAGAAGAGGAGGAGGAAGAGGAGGAAGAGGAGGAGGAGGAGGAGGAGGAGGUGGAAGCAGCUCCUGAUAUGGUUUUUGGGGAAGACAGUUCCCAUACUUCUGCCCAGAAGGCCCCUGAGCCUCAGCACCCAGAACCACCCAGUCCCAAGCCUGAGUACUCUGUCAUUGUGGAGGUCCGUUCUGAUGAUGACAAGGAUGAGGAUGUACACUCCCAGAAGUCAACAGUCACAGAUGAGUCAGAGAUGUAUGACAUGAUGACUCGUGGUAACCUUGGCCUUUUGGAGCAGGCCAUUGCCCUGAAGGCUGAGCAGGUGCGUGCUGUCUGUGAGCCAGGCUGCCCACCUGCAGAACAGGGCCAGCUGGGCCCAAGUGAGCCAGGGAAGGUGGCAAAGACCCUGGACACAGUGAGGAAGAGCUGUUACAGCAAAGAUCCUUCCAGAGCCGAGAAGCGAGAGAUCAAGUGCCCGACACCUGGCUGUGAUGGUACUGGCCAUGUUACUGGGUUGUAUCCUCAUCACAGAAGCCUGUCUGGCUGUCCCCACAAAGACAGGAUUCCUCCAGAAAUCUUGGCCAUGCAUGAGAAUGUGCUGAAGUGCCCCACUCCUGGCUGCACGGGCCAAGGCCAUGUGAACAGCAACCGCAACACACACAGAAGUUUGUCUGGGUGUCCCAUUGCUGCCGCUGAAAAAUUAGCCAAAUCUCAUGAGAAGCAGCAGCCGCAGACAGGAGAUCCUUCCAAGAAUAGCUCCAAUUCAGAUCGGAUCCUCAGGCCCAUGUGCUUUGUGAAACAGCUUGAGGUUCCUCCUUAUGGGAGCUACAGGCCCAAUGUGGCUCCAACCACACCCAGGGCUAACUUGGCCAAGGAGCUGGAGAAGUUCUCCAAAGUCACCUUUGACUACGCAAGUUUUGAUGCUCAGGUUUUUGGCAAACGUAUGCUUGCCCCAAAGAUUCAGACCAGCGAAACCUCACCCAAAGCCUUCCAAUGCUUCGACUACUCACAUGAUGCCGAGGCUGCACAUAUGGCUGCCACUGCCAUCCUGAACCUCUCCACCCGCUGUUGGGAGAUGCCUGAGAACCUCAGCACUAAGCCACAGGACCUCCCCACCAAGACUGUGGACAUUGAAGUAGAUGAAAAUGGAACUCUGGACUUGAGCAUGCACAAACAUCGCAAACGUGAAAAUGCAUUCCCUAGUAGCAGCAGCUGCAGCAGUAGCCCUGGUGUCAAGUCUCCUGACAUCUCGCAGCGCCAGAGCAGCACCAGUGCUCCCAGCAGCUCUAUGACCUCGCCCCAGUCCAGCCAGGCCUCCCGCCAGGAUGACUGGGACAGGCCCCUAGACUAUACGAAGCCCAGCCGCCUGCGAGAGGAAGAACCUGAGGAGUCAGAGCCAGCAGCACAUUCUUUUGCUUCUUCUGAAGCAGAUGACCAGGAAGUAUCAGAAGAGAACUUUGAAGAGCGGAAGUACCCAGGGGAAGUUACCCUGACCAACUUUAAGCUGAAGUUUCUCUCCAAGGACAUAAAGAAGGAGCUGCUCACCUGUCCCACCCCUGGCUGUGACGGCAGUGGCCAUAUCACUGGGAACUAUGCCUCCCAUCGCAGCCUCUCUGGUUGCCCUCUUGCUGACAAGAGCCUCAGAAACCUCAUGGCUGCCCACUCUGCUGACCUCAAGUGCCCCACGCCUGGCUGUGAUGGCUCUGGCCACAUAACAGGGAACUAUGCUUCCCACCGGAGUUUGUCAGGCUGUCCGCGUGCCAAGAAGAGUGGACUCAAGGUGGCUCCCACCAAGGAUGACAAGGAGGACCCUGAGCUGAUGAAGUGCCCAGUUCCAGGCUGCGUAGGGCUCGGCCACAUCAGCGGAAAAUAUGCCUCUCACAGGAGUGCAUCUGGCUGUCCCUUGGCUGCUCGGAGGCAGAAAGAGGGUGCUUUCAACGGUUCGUCUUUCUCCUGGAAAUCACUGAAGAAUGAGGGUCCUACUUGCCCUACCCCAGGCUGUGAUGGCUCCGGUCACGCCAAUGGCAGCUUCCUCACCCAUCGGAGUUUGUCUGGCUGUCCUAGAGCAACCUUUGCUGGAAAGAAAGGAAAACUCUCAGGGGAUGAGGUUUUCAGCCCAAAGUUCAAGACAAGUGAUGUGCUGGAGAAUGAUGAGGAGAUCAAGCAGCUAAAUCAGGAGAUACAAGAUCUGAAUGAGUCCAAUUCAGAGAUGGAGGCUGCCAUGGUACAGCUUCAGUCCCAGAUAUCCUCCAUGGAGAAGAACCUGAAGAACAUUGAGGAGGAAAACAAGCUUAUUGAGGAGCAGAAUGAAGCCCUGUUCCUGGAACUGUCUGGGUUGAGCCAGGCCCUCAUCCAAAGUCUUGCCAAUAUCCGCCUUCCACACAUGGAGCCAAUAUGUGAACAGAAUUUUGAUGCCUAUGUGAGCACCCUCACUGACAUGUACUCCAAUCAGGACUGCUACCAGAACCCGGAGAACAAAGGCCUCCUGGAAACCAUCAAGCAGGCCGUGAGGGGCAUCCAGGUCUAGGCACCACUGCCUUGCUCCUCACGGUGGGACUUCUGACUCAUAGCUACUUCUAGUUGACAGCCCAGCUGUGGCCUUGGGCAUCUUACCCAAAGGGGAGCCUGAAAAUCAGUGUCUCCCAUGAUGCCACCAUCAGGCCCAGGGAUGAAGACCUCCCCAUGCAAGUGCCCUGGGGCAGUGAAGUAUUAUAAAGUGAUUUAUUUUUAUUUUCUGAAAGAAACUCUGAAGAGCAGCUCAAAGUCUCCAGUGGAAGCUCAUGGACAAGGUUCUCAGGGAAGUUUUGGAGUUUGCAGCCACAGUAUUCCAUUGUUUAUUGAGGCUGGGAGGAUAGCUGUGGGCUGGUUGGGUGUUAGUCUCAGUUGGAGGGCAUGCCUGGGCUUCUGGCUAUGCUCAGCAAGGCCCAUGUGGCAAGUAUCUUUUCUGUUUUUAUUUAAUUCAGUUUUGUGUUAAGGGUAAACAACAUUCUGCUCCAGAGGUGAAGAAGUGAGGAACAUGCAUUCCGGAUAGCAGUGACAAGUGUUUCAACAAGUCAGUUCAAGGGAUUUUUCACCCAAAGUCUCUGAAAAUCAGUUUCUUACCUGGUCAGCAGGCACCCUGAGGCUAUGAAGACCUGCUUCCUCUUGGCUAUAGUCUUUAGAGCCCUUGGUCUGGGCUCUAGACCCAGGACCACUGGGCCAUGUCUCUGGUUUCUCUACCUUCACCCAGGCCCCUGACCCAUCCUAGUCACCUUACUUGGGUCAUGUCUGGGCUCAAUAUCUUUGUCCAAAGUGACCAAAGUGGGAUAGUGAAGUCAGGGGUAAACUCCUAAUUGCAGACCACUAAGGUUUCAUUCCUUUUUAGAUCCAUUCAAGAUGUGAAAAGAGUAAAUUUUAAUUUAAUGUGUUAAAAACACAAUGUUCUUACUGUGUAAAUAGAGUCUAAGUCAAUGGUGACUGCAAUUCCAAACUAGUAUUUAAAAGUAGAGAAAUUGCACCUCCUGGGAGACACAGAAAGUAGAUAGUUUAGAUACUCUACAAAUUAUUUAAUUUUGUCAGGAUUUAAGUAUUUAUAUUCACAUCUCUUAUGUUAACAUUUGCUAUUUAUUUUUUUUAUUUAUUAAUUUUGUACUAUUUCAACUAGACCGCACACUAGGGCACCAUAAUAGUGAGAUAAGUGAAAUCAAAGCAAAAUACCUAUUUGACUAUAAGAUAGGCCACAAAAAUCUUGAUAAUUCUUCUAGUUAUAAUUUUGAUGCAACCGAGUUAUUUAUAUAUAUUUUGUUAUUUAUUCUUUUAAUAAUGGAAUUUUUUAAAAGAAAAGUAUUUUGUAAAUGAGGAAUUUUGAUAAUUUGGGGUUCCUUACCCCUUGGUCCAGUGGAGAGAAAGAUGUUCUGGCUUUCUUUUUCCUUUUGGGUUCCUUUGUUUCAGGCUGACAAUAACAAGUGGAAUUCUGUAUUUAUUAUUAUUUAAGUGUAGUUCAGAUGUGUGUGCUCUGGUGUGUUUCUCGUGUCGCGUUUGUGGCGAUUCUUACAGCUGAGUCAUGUUGCUGUAAGGGAGUCCUGGCCAUGGUCAUCCCCAGACAGUUUCCUGGACUCACUGGCUGAGCUGCCCAGGACCCUGAAGCCCUGAUACUGUGGCCCUCCUUCCUCAGGAAACACAUUGGACCCAUAGCACUUUGUGUUGUGUUUGGAGGGUGAUUUCCUAAUAAAAGUCUGACUUUGA